AUGAAAAGCAUCGAGACGCAAACUGAAGAGGUGGCGUCUGGAAGCAAAACUUCGGGGGUCAAGAGAAAGGUUUUUUCUUCAAAUCUAACUUUUAUUCAGAGUUCUUCCUUUUUUUUUUCAUUUCUUAGUUAGAAGAAAAGUUCAGUUUAAUAUGCAAAUCUCAAUUUUUAAUCCAAGACUUUUUUUCUAUUUCCUUACAUUUUUGCAUUGAGCUUCUGUGUUUAGUUUUUUUACUGAAAUGAGUUAGUUCUAUUCAUUUUCUGCCAUUUUGGGAGUUGUAAAUUCUUCCAAGUCGAGUUUUUGGGUUUGUUUUGAACAGAACCGAAUUUUUAAUUGAUUGCUUCAGCGAAAAAAUAAAUUUUUAGUAGAAUCUUCCGCGUAAAAAUUUUAUUUCUUAAUAAUCGAGGGAGUAAAAAAAUACCCAAAAAGUUAUAUUAUUGAAGGAGUUGAAAGUUAAUCAAUUUUGAGAUUACUUAUAAUUAAAAUUUUUUUAGUCAUAGAAAAAAAUAGUUACAUAUUUUUAGCAACAAAUCAUGAAUUUUUUUCUCCAAUUUUUUUAUGAUUUAAAAAAACCAAACUUUUUUUGUUAAUCGAAAAAAAAGAAAAAAAGAAUAUUUUUUGAAAAAAAGGCCUAAAAUUUUCCUAGAAUAGUAAUAAUAAUGUCUUGUUUUUCAAGAGGCGUUUAAAAGUUGUCGUAUUUCUUCCUGUUCCAUGAUUUUCUCAGUUUUUCUUAGAAAUCCUUUUGAGUCCUAUUUUUUUCGCUGUCGUUUAGCCCACUUUUGAAUCGUGGUCGAUUUUUGAACUUGAAAACCGAGCCAUUCGAAAAGAAACCAAUUGAAAUGACCUUUCACGCGCCAUAAACCAUAAUUACUUUCCUGCACAAAUUCAAAUUCUCUCGGCUCAGUCCGUCGCACUUUUUUUGUUUUUCGGGUACUCUUGACCCGAAGUGACGUCAUGCGGCGUUCGGGUCAGCGGGUGUCUGUCCCUCGACAUUUUUGAACUGACUGGCUCGGUCUGUCUUUGCCUUGGAGCGCGUAUUCCUCUGUCUGCUUCAUGAUUUUUAAGGCCAACUCUCUCUGGAUGAGUCCUCUUGUAAGACUGGUUCUAUUGUAUUUUUUGAAAACAAACUCAUUUAUGGACUUCCUUUUAAACUUUGUGUAGAAACGUUUUUUUUUUCAAGGUAUUUAAUUUGCCUAGAAGGCUAAUUUCUAUUGGAUCAGUCAGAUUUUGAAAAAAAUAAAAAAAUAAAAGCAAGGUUUUUCACUUUAAGAUAAAGUUCAGAGCUUAAGAUAACAUUUAGAGCUUCAGAAUUAUUUUUCCAGAAGUUAUUUGAAACCAUUUCACCGUUUAUCAUUCAGAUAGUCCGCUUCAAAGAUUUCGCCUCCGAAGAAGAUUUUAUCAAAGCGGCUGAAGAUGUUUAUGAUGAAGGCAAGGAAUUGCGACAAAUUUUUGGAUUGUGGGACUUUUGAUUUAAUAUUUCCUGAUAAAACGAGUUUGUUUCAGUUCGAUGGAGGAAGAAAGCCCGUCGGAAGACGAUAACUUGAUGUCCGAACUGUUGGCCUUGUGCACGUGGGCCGAGAAACGGAAACAGCGGUGGCCGGAGAGUUUUUAUGGUUCGUUUCGAAGUUUGAAUCAAUGUCGAUUAUUUUUUCCUUAUUUUCGAAGAUUUCCUGUAGCGGAAAUUUGUCUAAAGAUUCAGUCGAAAAUGUGUGAAAAUGUGAACGUGAAUAAAAUUUCCUUCACCGUUUCAAAAAGUCGAAAUUUAUUCAAUCGCUUCAUUUUACGUCGUUUUUGAACAAUCCUAUAAUCUAAUUCUUCUCAAAAAAAUGUGAUUUUUGCAGAAGGAGAAGAAGAUCCGCUGGUAUUUUCUCCGAAUCGAGUAAUUUCCAUCAAUAUUUCUACAACAACGAUAGUGAAACCUAGCUGGUGAGAUUUUUUUCAACAAGGAUUCUAUUCAUUCAAUUAUUUUCAGUAGUAAAUUGAAUCUCAGUAGUCUUCGAAUAUCUAGCCGCCAAAAUUCAUCCGAGACCAAAGAUCGUCGCGAAAACGUUAAAAAGUCGGUCCUUUUCCCGAAUCUUUCGACGAAAUUAUUUCUCAGAGAUGCUCCGAAACGGGUUAUUAAACGCGGAGCAAGAAUAAAGUCGCCGACGAAGAAAUUGACGGACGAGGAGAAAAUUCUGGAGGACGCUUAUCGCGGCGUUUUGGUUCGUUAAAAGAUUUUCAUUGCGGUAUAAAAAGUUUUAAAAAGGUCAAGGAUGAUUGAGAAAAGUUUUUGUUGAGAAAAACAUGAUAAAAUUAUGCAGAUCUAAAAGAAAUUUUCCACUUUCAAGGGAAAUGAAUUAUCUUUUCGAUUCCUUCUCUUUGAAUGAAAAAUGAACCGACAUUCCUAACGCACAUUUUUAACCGGCGACUCAAUUUUGAUCCCUUGAAUCAACUGUGAAAUUCUAGAAAAGCAUCGAAUCAGUAGAUCUUUGAUAUAAGCUUGAUUUCGCAACAGAAAAUAGUCCCGAAAACAUCACUUUUCAAGGAAUUUGACGGGAACCAGUCGCAGGGAAGCGCCUCACCGUCACUAGACAGCGGAGAUUCCCAGUCGCCGACCAAAGAAAACGACCCUUGGGCCGAUGUAGAGUUCUAG